AUGUCAAACUCGAGCUCAAUUCCAACCCCUGCACUCCCAUCCUACAGCCGAGUGGCUUGCAUUGGGGCAGGAGCAAGUGCGAUUGCGUUAGGUGCAUCGCUGAAAAGAUGGUACGGUUUAGAAGAUAUUCGCUUUUUUGAGCGGCAGACAGACUGUGGUGGAACAUGGCAUAUCAACACCUAUCCAGGUUGCGCGUGCGACGUUCCUAGCGCUCUAUACAGCUUUUCAUUUGCUCCUAACGCUCAGUGGUCUAAGUUGAUGCCUUCGCAACAAGAAAUCAAAGCGUACCAGGACGGCGUUGUGGCGACUUAUGAUCUGAGACAAAGGAUGACAUUCCGCACGGAGGUGAUACGGUGCGUAUGGCGAGAUGAUGCAUCUCGAUGGGUUCUUUUUCUCUGCAAUGUCGAAACUGGAGAAGAAUCAACACAUGAGUGUCAGGUACUAUUUUCUGCCACAGGGCACUUUGCUGAACCUCGGCCCUGUGAAAUCCCUGGGGCUUCGUCUUUCCAAGGCGAUAUCAUUCAUUCCGCCCGAUGGGAUCAUAAUGUCAGCCUAGAGGGGAAAAGAGUUGUGGUUGUCGGGAACGGAUGUACGGCAGCGCAGAUUGUACCUGCUAUUGUCAAGCAGACCAAAUCUUUGACGCAGAUCAUUCGGUCCCAACACUGGAUCUUCCCAGCAACCAACUUCACCUAUCCGAAGAUCCUGAAUUGGAUCUUUGAGUACAUUCCUUUUGCAUUGAAACUUCAUCGACUGCAUAUUUUCCUCAUUGCGGAGAAUGGCUUCCGAAUGUUUCCAAUGACAAAGAGGGCUGCACGACUGAGACAGAAGCGCAGAAAAGAGGUUGAGAAGUACAUGAAAGAAACAGCGCCGGCAAAAUAUCACGAUAUUCUGAUUCCCGAUUUUGAGAUAGGAUGCAAGCGACGAAUUUUCGAUGAUGGAUAUCUCAAAUCGCUUCAUAGUGAAAACCUUUCUCUCACAACAGCCAAGAUCCUUGAGAUUGUUCCUGAAGGUGUGAGAACUUCCGAUGGAAUCGUUGCUGCCGAUGUCAUUGUCUUAGCAACCGGGUUCAAAACGAAUCAAUUUACGCCCUUCAUGGAAAUUGUGGGACGUGAUGGGAGCCUGACUGACCACUGGAAGAGAUAUGAUGGGCCUGAAGCUUACAACUGCUCUGCUAUGAGUGGAUUCCCAAAUUUCUUCCUGUUGUUUGGGCCCAACGCAGGAACUGGUCAUACCUCAGCGUUGAUGGCUGCGGAAAACUCUGUCAAUUACGCGCUUCGUGUACUGAAACCGGUCUUUGAAAAAGGAGCGGAUUCCGUUGAGCUAACGCAGGUAGCGGAGGACGAAUAUUCCCACAGGGUUCAAGAUGCAUUAAAAAAGCGAGUGUGGAAUGCUGGCUGCCAAUCGUGGUAUCAAAAUGAUAAAAACUGGAAUGCCAUGGCCUACCCAUGGUCCCAAGCCUAUUUCUGGUACCGGAGCUUAUUCCCAAUCAACUCACACUGGAACGUCCGGACACGGAGCCCUGGGAAGUCUCGGAUCGGCAUAUACUGGACGAUAAUACCCCUUAUCUUUAGUUUGAGUAUCGCCGCAUCCCGCACCGACAACAUUCGGGCUGUUGGUCCUGUGAUACUAGACUUUGGCAAGAACAUGCUGUCUUCCAUACGACACAUGGCAACUUCUGCUAUUGCGGAGAAUUGGAUCAAUAUAGUCAAGGGCUGA